GGAGAGCCUGGUACAUUGUCCUGAUAUUUGGGUUCAAUCUUCUUGUAGACAUGAAUGGGAUGCAAAUGCCAUAUGUUUUUCAGGAGGUAUGACAAUCUAAUCUAAAGGUCAAAGAUUGUGUACGUUGCAUACUACAUAUAUCACCAUGAUCACAAUGGAGAAAAACACAGUUGCGAUUCAGAAAUCUUUAAAUCAUCUACAAGUUGUAACGUUAUAAAUAAUAUAAAUAUGUAACAAAUUUUAUUUAUUUCAUGGACUAUAAUUCAUUGGAAAAAAAUCACAGGCCUUCACCAGAAAUUCCUUGUAGGCCUAUUAAAAAAUAUACAUCAUUAUUUUGUUUCGAUCUUCUAUCACGGUACUGAGCUAAUUGCAAGCCUGAGCAAAAUAUGCAGAGUGCCAGAAAUAAAAGACUUUGUUUUUUAUAUUGAAAAAAGUGCAUUAUCGAAAAUGUCAAUGAUAUGAUGGUUUAGCAGUGUUUAUAACUGAAAGGGCUACCCUAUAAAAACAAAACGACAAAUACCGAUGCUGAAGGGAGAGUAGAGGUCUUGUAUGAUGGAUCCUGGGGUACUAUCUGUGAUGAUGGCUGGGAUCUACGAGACGCCAGGGUGGUUUGUAGGAUGCUGGGGUUUGAUGGAGCCUUGGAGGCCCCGGGAUCUGCACGAUUCGGUCGGGGCUCUGGUCGCAUUCUUCUAACCUUGGUCGGAUGUGAUGGAACAGAAGACAACCUAGCAGACUGUUCUCAUCGAGGGAUUGAAGAUUGGUAUUAUUGCGGUCAUGAAAGAGAUGCAGGUGUCGUUUGCUACUCAGGAGGGCACCCGAAUCCAUUUCAAGUCCGUCUGAUUGAUGGAGCAAACGAUGCUGAAGGCAGAGUAGAGGUAUUACAUGACGGAUCCUGGGGUACUAUCUGUGAUAACAACUGGGAUCUGAGAGACGCCAGGGUGGUUUGCAGGAUGCUUGGGCUUGAUGGAGCCUUGGAGGCACCGGGAUCUGCUAGGUUUGGCCAAGGAUCUGGUCGCGUUCUUCUAACGUUUGUCAACUGUGAAGGAACUGAAGACAAUCUAGCAGACUGUGCUCAUCCAGGGACUGGACGUUACUCUUACUCAUGUAGCCAAGCAGAGGAUGCAGGAGCCAUUUGUUAUUCAGGAGAGCAUCCAAACCCAUUCAAAGUUCGUCUGGUCGGUGGAUCUAACGAUGCUGAAGGGAGAGUAGAGGUACUACAUGACGGAUCCUGGGGUACUAUCUGCGAUGAUGAAUGGGAUCUACGAGACGCCAGGGUGGUUUGUAGGAUGCUGGAGUUUGGUGGAGCCUUGGGUGCACCGGGAUCUGCUAGGUUUGGGCAAGGAUCUGGCAUGAUUCUCCUUGAUGAACUCAGUUGCAUUGGCACAGAGGACAACAUAGCAGAAUGUCCGCAUCAAGGGAUCGGAGACCAUGACUGUACGCACGAUGAAGAUGCUGGCGCCAUUUGUUACACAGGAGUUCGCCUGACUGGCGGGUCUACCAAUGUUGAAGGCAGAGUAGAAGUCAUGCAUGAUGGAUCCUGGGGUACUGUUUGUGGUAUCAACUGGGAUCUCAGAGACGCCAGGGUUGUUUGUAGGAUGAUGGGGUAUGAUGGUGCCUUGGAAGCUCCGAGAUCUGCUCAGUUCGGUCAGGGAUCUGGUGGCGUUCUGCUUAUUUAUGUCAACUGUGAAGGAACUGAAGACAGCUUGGCAGACUGUGCUCACGCAGGGAUUGGUCGUCAUUACUCAUGUAGCCAUUCGAGGGAUGCAGGAGCUGUUUGUUACUCAGGAAACCCAUUACAAGCUCGCCUUGUCGAUGGGACUAACGAUGCUGAAGGCAGAGUAGAGGUUAUGCAUAACGGAUCCUGGGGUUCUAUCUGUGAUGUCUGGUGGGACCUCAGAGACGCCAGGGUGGUUUGUAGAAAGCUUGGGUUUGAUGGAGCUUUAGAGGCACCAAGAUCUGCGAGGUUUGGUCAAGGUUCCGGUCACGUUCUGCUGGAUUAUGUCAACUGUGAAGGAACAGAAGACAACCUAGCAGACUGUGCUCAUCCAGGGAUUGAACGUUACUCAUGUAGCCAUUCAAGAGAUGCAGGAGUCAUUUGCUUUUCUGGAGGUAAGCCCAAACCAUUCCAAGUUCGCCUUACAAAUGGAACAGGCUCGGAAGGCAGAGUUGAAGUUUCGUAUAAGACAUCGUGGGGAACUGUAUGUGAUGAUAAUUGGGAUCUCCGAGAUGCAAGAGUCGUUUGUAACAUACUUGGAUUUGAUGGAGCUUUAGCCGCACCUGGUAGUGCUACCUUUGGGGCUGGAAGUGGGGAAAUAUUGUUUGAUGACGUUGACUGCAAAGGCACGGAGGAUACCCUUGCUGACUGCUUCCAUCGAGGACUUGGGGUCAACAAGUGCAACCACGGCAGAGAUGCUGGUGCUGUCUGCUUUAGAGGAGCGCCAUUUCUAGUUCAGCUGGUAAAUGGUUCUAACGACUUUGAAGGACGAGUAGAGGUCAUGUAUGAAGGUUCCUGGGGAACCAUCUGUGAUAAUGGGUGGGAUCUGAGAGAUGCCAGAGUCGUGUGUAAAAUGCUAAAGUUUGAUGGAGCGUUAGCCGCACCAGGCUCUGCAACAUUUGGCCGAGGCUCAGGAGACAUACUUCUUGAUGAUGUUUCCUGUGAGAGUACACAUGACAACCUGGCAGACUGUUAUCAUCGAGGAAUUGGUGUUUCAAAUUGUCAACACGAAGGAGAUUCUGGAGUUAUUUGUUUCAAAGGAGGUACAAGAGUCCUUUAGAUUCUACCAUCAUAUUCAUAUUCCAUAUCAAGAGUUGUCAUCCAGAAAUUUCAUUAGGAUUUCGUUGUAUCCAUUCCUAUGAGUCAAGUUUAUAAAAUUGUACGCUAUUAACCAUGUGCUUGAAAAUUAGAAGACCCACAAAAAAUAAAAUCGUAAGUAAAAAUAUCCUUCCCAUGAGUUGACAACGCCAGUGGAAGGUCGAAAGGGAUGCUCGAUAUAGUUCACAUGAAAUAUUUUUAUUUAAUGGCUCCUUCUGGAAAAAAUAAUCCGCUUGUGUCAAUACACAAUGCCUAAUUUGAGUGUUUCCCACUCAAAUUUUACAGAUCCAUUCACAGUUCGUCUUAGGAAUGGAUCAAACGCGUCGGAGGGGAGGGUAGAGAUU